CGUAAUAUUCCUUAUGGAUGGCGCGCGAAAAAAAACAUCCAUCACCAACUAUGCUCUUUCUACCAAAAAACAAGAAGUCUCUCUGAGCGCGUUCGCCUUCUUGUUCAGCGAAAUAAUCAAGUAUUCUCAUCAUAGCGAGAAAAAUGUGAGAGACGUAGAAAGGCGUCUGGCAGACAUGGGAUACCGUAUUGGAAUACGACUGUUGGAGUAUAUCACCUGGCGUGAAAACUUCACCAAAAGAGAAACCAAACUUCUCCAAAUGCUGUUUUUCAUCGUCAACAACGUCUGGACGUUUCUUUUCAACCGAGAAGCAACUCUUGAAAAGAGCAACGAAAAACAGUACAUGAUUUUGGAAAACGAGUCGCUGAUCACCAAAUUCAUCUCGGCGCCAAAGUGGCACCCCAAUAGCAACUUUUUCCUCGCGGGAAUCGUAGAAGGCAUUCUGGAUGUGUCCGGAUUCAAAGCAAAGGUCACAGCACCCAACGCCUCAGUUCUUAAAAAAAGAGUGCAAAAACUGGUCAUCUUAAUAGAAUUCGCAGACGAAGUCAUAGAAAGAGAAAAAUCGACCUAA